UCCUAUGCAACCCAGGCCGUUCUAUGGUUCUAAGUGGGGUACACAGACAGAGAGGGGCUUGGGGUGGAACGCAGGGCACGGCCAAGGGGCUGCUUCCAGAGGACGUGGCAAGAUGCAGAGGGAGUCAGACUUCAUGGCCAGCGUGGACAGCAGUUGGAUCUCAUGGGGUGUGGGAGUCUUCAUCCUGAAGCCCUUGAAGUGGACUCUCUCCAGUGUGUUGGGUGACAGCAAAGUACCCGAGGAGGAGGAAGUUCUGAUUUAUGUGGAGCAGCUUCAGGAGAAAGCAGAGGAAGUUUAUCGCCUGUAUCAGAACUCUGUGCUUUCAUCUCACCCCGUCGUUGCCCUGUCAGAGCUGCGUUCCCUCUGUGCCAGUGUUUGUCCGGAUGAAAGAACAUUCUACUUAUUGCUGCUCCAGCUGCAAAAGGAAAAGAAGGUCACGAUCCUGGAACAGAAUGGAGAGAAGAUAGUGAAGUUUGCCAGAGGGCUCCACGCCAAAGUCUCCCCAAUGAAUGAUGUGGACAUCGGGGUCUAUCAGCUGAUGCAGAGCGAGCAGCUGCUGUCACAGAAGGUGGAGUCCCUUUCCCAGGAAGCAGAGAAGUGUAAAGAUGAUGCCCGGAUUGCUUGUAGAGCUGGGAAAAAGCAACUGGCACUGAGAUGUCUCAAAUCCAAACGAAGGACAGAAAGGCGCAUCAAGGAGCUUCACUCCAAGCUGGAUGCAGUGCAGGGGAUCUUGGAUCGUAUCUACGCUUCCCAGACUGACCAGAUGGUAUUUAAUGCCUAUCAGGCUGGUGUGGGAGCUCUGAAGCUCUCUAUGAAGGAUGUUACUGUGGAGAGGGCAGAGAACCUGGUAGAUCAGAUUCAAGAGCUUUGUGAUACUCAAGAUGAAGUAGCCCAGACUCUGGCUGGAGCAGGGGUCAAUGGUUUAGAGAUGGACUCUGAAGAGCUGGAGAAGGAACUGGACAGCCUCCUUCAGGACUCUGCUAAGGAUCCCGUCCACCUUCACCCUGUGCCCCAAAAGGAACCUGAUUCUGGAUUUGCAGGAGCCAUUUCGGAUGCUGAGCUCGAAGCUGAGUUGGAAAAGCUCGAUGUUUGUGAUAGAGAUUUGGCACGAAAGAAAUCAUCUGCUUCCUCUGAACCCCAAACAGCUCUGGGACUGAAUCUCUAAAGACCCGACCGCAUCCUGUUGCUGCAGUUUGACAAGUUGUCUUAAGGCUCCGUAUCUAAUGACUUAAACAUUGGGACAGAGGGAUACCGCUCCUCUCUUCUUCAUGAAAUCACUUUCCUAAGCAACAGGAUCUCUUGCCAUGACAAUCCAACUCUGGAACCAGCCCCAGCUGCCGUUUGUCAUCUCUGUGCCAACAUCUGCACUCGUCUGAAUUGACUUACUGCCAUCUUUAAGUCACCUUUAACAUCCAGGAACUCAAUUCACUUAACUCUGCCCAAGUAGAGAUAAACUCUCUCUACCCAUAACAGUGCUUGUUGUUUUCUUUGGUUUACUUUUCCUUUGCUGUGGCUCUCGUUCAGAACUUGAGUUGCAGCAGCAUUGCAGUUGCUCAACGUUAGGCUGUGUGGUUGUUUAGAACACUUGGCACAAUUAAUUACUUAAUUAAGUCCUUGACAUAAAUUACCUGCAACCAGCUUUGACCACCCUGUCCCUCCCCUCUGUGUUCUGCACGGUUGUGGACAACUAGUCACUGUAACCAUUAUAGGAGGCGUUGCUGCUGCACUAGAGGGCAGCAAUUGCAAGCACAAGGCAAAAAUAAUCCCUCUUUAUUUAAAGACACUAAGGCCUUAAAAGGGAGACCUGCAAAAUAAUGUGAAGUGAAGGAGUUUGCUGGUGCUGAGCUCAGUCUCAAAGCCUUGCAGUCGCUGUGAUGCAACUUGCUGCUUUCUAUUACUUGAAAUCUGAGCUGGCUGCUGCCUUUCUGUCUUCCUUGUUGGCGAGGCAGCAGCAGAAUGAGCUGCUUCCAGCUCUCCUAUGGGGGUGAAUUGGGGGUGGGAGGGGGGGGGGGAAAAGAUGCAUCAUCAUCUCGUUUCGAGUGGACAGUUUAACAGUCUUAACUGCUUUGUGGUCUUGGUGUUGCAAUUCCACACGAUGACGGGUUACCAAAAAGCCCUCAAAUAAAACCCUGUCUGUGCUUCCAAUGCACGGCAAGUGUAAAUGGUUUGUUUUGGAGGUUUGGAAGUGGAAAUCAUGGCUUUUUUUUUGUUGUUGUUGUGUUUUUUUGUUUGUUUUUGCAGGUCACUUUUUUCAUAUGCUAUGUAUGCACUUGGAAAAGCAGAAAGCCUGGGUACUGCACGCCAAUAAAUGAAUUCCUUCAGGAGGAGAAGAGAAGGAACGUGGGCUUUCUGCAUGCUCUGUGCAUGGCAGGGGAGCCCAGUGCUCUGUGUUGAGCUGUAUUCCUCUCUGCACUUCUCCCUGACUUGGAAUGUAUUGAAGUAUUAGCAGUGUCUGUUUCUAGGCUCUCUCCUGAGCUGUUUGAGCCACUCACUUGGGUGAGCAGCAACUUUGGGUCUAUUGCCAAAGCAGCUUCAGCCCCAAAGGGCUGGGAGAGAAACCCUGAGCAUCACCAAGUGCUGCUUUGGCUCUGAUGAUGCUCAUCACUCCUGCUGUGCAAUGCAGACCCUGAUGGAGCCUGUAAUCAACCAGCAGCGUGCCCAGGCUGCAUUGAAUUGAAGCUCUGUAUUCCUUUUGUAAGCCAACGGGAGGAAAAAAUAACCACUGUUUUCUGCCUAUAUGUAAUAAAGGGGAGAGGAAGAA